GUCUCGGAGGCAAGAUGAUGGUGAAAACCGUGCUGCUUUUGUUGGGCUUCGCGUGUGUCAAAGCAUUGUCGGAGCUCGUUGAUGCCCCGUGGCAUGUGGGAGUGGGCAUUGCAGACUGCACAGGGCCUGCAGCAGAGGUGGUCAUGAUGGGCUACGCUGACAACAAUCACAAGACCGCUGGUAUCCACAUGCGCCUUUAUGCGCGGGCCUUUGUGUUUGUAGAUCCUUCCAGCCGCGAUCGCAUGGCCUUUGUGAACGUGGAUACCUGGGCCGCCACUGAAGCGGUAAUCCAAGGGGUGCAUGAGAAGUUGCAUGCCUGGUUCCAAGGCCGAUACUACAGCCGGAACAAUCUGAUCAUUGCUGGGAGCCAUACGCAUCAUGGUCCAGCUGGUGCCAGCGCCUACAUGCUCUUCCAGUUCUCCUCCAACGGCAGAGUCCAACAAUCCCUGGAUGCCUUGAUCGAUGGAAUCUCUGAGGCCGUCUGGUUGGCACAUCAUGAUGUGAGGCCAGCGGAGAUCUUCAUUGGCAACGGCAUGGUGGACAACAGCACGGUGCCCAACUGCCCCAUGCCCAACUGUGCCUCGCGGAACCGGAGCCCCACGAGUUUCCUGAUGAAUCCGGAGCAGCAGCGAAAGAAGUACUUCGGGGAUGACAACGUCGAUCGCAACAUGGACCUUUUGAAAAUCGUGGAUGCCAAAACAGGCAAAGCGAUGGGCAGUUUGAAUUGGUUCGCAGUGCAUCCCACGUCCAUGACUAGCGACUAUCACCUGAUCUCUGGAGACAACAAAGGCUACGCCGCCUAUGCCUUCGAGCAGGAGAUGAAUGGCCCCACCUGGGUUCAGCCUGCGGGCCGCGGUCCCUUUGUAGCUGGCUUCGCGCAGGGAGUUUCUGGUGACAUCUCGCCGAACACCCGGGGUGUCUAUUGCAAAAACACUGGCGAAUCCUGCGAGAAUCAAUGGCCUGUCUGUUGGGAGAACGGCCAGCCGAAGAACGAGCUCUGUUUGGGUCAAGGCCCUGGUCGAGACAAAUACGAGUCGAUGAAGAUCAUCGGAGAGCGUCAAGUGACCGCGGCCAAGACCAUCUUUGAGCGGGCCACAGAACCUCUAGGCACUGGUAUCUCGCACGUGCUGCGCUAUGUGGAUCUCUCGAAGUAUUGGGUGGACACCACCGGCAAUGGCACUUGGGUGCAAACCUGUCGGCCAACCUUGGGCUCCUCCUUUGCUGCGGGCACCACCGAUGGCCCCAGUGGCAUCAACGAGUUCGCUCAGAACAUGACACCCAGCAACAGUUUCUUUCAG